AUGCCAACAGCAACAACAACAACAAUAAUAAUAAUGGCGAUAUGUAUAAACAAGCCAAUAAACCACUGGACCGGGGACCAUAUUUUGAUACCUCGGCGACAAAGAAUGUCACCUCGCUGGUGGGGCGUACGGCCCAUCUAAAUUGCCGCAUAAAAAAUCUGGGCAAUAAGACGGUCUCAUGGAUCAGACAUCGGGACCUGCAUUUACUGACGGUCGCUGAGACCACGUACACAUCGGACCAACGUUUUACAUCGAUUUUCAAUAAGGCCACCGACGAUUGGUCGCUGCAAAUCAAAUACCCUCAGCUAAAGGAUACGGGGACGUACGAGUGCCAAGUGUCAACGACGCCGCCAGUCGGUUAUACAAUGUUGUUUUCCGUGGUGGAGCCGAUCACGAGCAUACCCGGUGGACCCGAUAUGUACAUCGAUGUGGGAUCGACGGUGAAUUUGACCUGUGUUGUUAGACACCUGCCUGAUCCUCCGCAUUCGGUGCACUGGACGCACAAUAACGAAGAAAUAAACUACGACUCGGCCCGGGGCGGGGUGUCGGUGAUAACGGAGAAGGGUGAUAUCACCACCUCACACCUGCUAAUACAACGUGCCACCUCCGCUGACUCUGGAAUGUACACCUGCCUGCCGUCAAAUGCCAAUCCCAAAUCGGUGACCGUGCACAUACUGCAGGGUGAACAUCCCGCCGCCGUUCAAGGUACAAUGAAGAUAACCGCAUACGUUAUAAAUAUUCCCAUAAUCUUGGCGUUCAACUUGUAUCUGUUAUGACCAAUGAUAGUGUGGAUUUUA